AUGGGGCAGAAGAGUGGAGGGUAUGAUCUCAACCUCUUUGCCAACCCUCCCAACUGUAACUUCGUGUGCUCCGUCUGCCACGGGGUUCUCAAGAGGCCAGUCCGCCUGACAUGCAGCCACAUCUUCUGCAAGAAUUGCAUCCUCCAGUGGCUGGCCAGGCAGAAGACCUGUCCUUGCUGCAGGAAGCAGGUGAAGCGAAGAAGCCUGGUUUACGUGAACAAGCUCCGCAAAGCCAUUGGCCGCCUGGAAGUCAAGUGCAAGAAUGCCGAGGCUGGCUGCUUGGCGACCUGCCCGCUGGCCCAUCGGAGGCGGCACCAGGACUCGUGCCCAUUUGAGCAGAUGGCCUGCCCCAACGAUGGUUGCUCAAUGAGGGUGCAGCGCUGGGCCCUAGCCGAACACAGGCGGUACUGUCAGCACAGUGCCCAGUGGCACUGCCCCCUGGGCUGGCUCCAGUAG